AUGAGCUCGAUAGCGAAAACAACCACAAAGCGUGCCCCACGCGCACGACAGGCCCGGUUGAAGUCUGUGACAUUUACCGGGUGCUGGACCUGCAGGUCUCGUAAGGUGAAGUGCGAUGAACGGCAAGAGAACGGCUGCGCUGCCUGCGAAAAAGCAGGUGUGGAGUGUGAGGGCUAUCAAGUCAAGUUGUGCUGGGUGACUACAAAGGAUCAGAAUCCUCAUGGCUUUCAACGCCGAAAGAUUAGACUUGGUCAGUCUGCACGCAGUCCUCACACCUCACCUUCCAUUCCUGAUGAAGAAAUAAAUCAAAUGUUAUCCCAUCUGGACACAGUCUCUCCAUGCCUAGAUACCAUCACAGUAGGGCCUUUCUCGAUAUUUCACUCACAGCCUGCUGAAAUCGACGCCGACCACUCAGAAGAAUUUCUUUCAGAUUUGAGAUUUACAGUCAAUUCAAGAAGUGUCGAAGAAGAAAAUAUCCAUAGUGCCCUGAGUGGUCUUUGGAGUAGCAAUGAAGAUGAUAUGCUCAUUGAUGAAGCAGCCUUUCCUCAGGAGACUUCAGCGUCAAUCAUCAACCCCAUGCUCGAUGAUGCCCUCACAGGCAACAAUAAUAUAACUCUGGACCAGAUCCAACAGGAAUCAAAAUAUUGGGAAAGAUCCACUUCUCUAGUCAUCGCUGGUUUGAACCGUACCUGCGAAACCCCAGCAAAUAAGAUACAUUUCUGUCUCACAAGAUCCCUCUCACCUCAGAUGGAUAUUAGGGGAUCCUUAUUCCCAGACACGAACAUAUCUAUGCUCAUGUAUCAUUACACGAAGCAUGUUGCUGAGCUUCUGCAACCAGUUCUUCAUCCAGGAAAUCCAUGGAGAACCACAUACUUCCAAUUCGCUUUGCAAGGCUGCCCUGAUUUUGCUUUCAACGAGUCUCCGGGCCCGGCAUUCAAAGUCUCAACCGCGAUCUUUCAUAGCGUUCUAUCUUCAGCUGCGUUUCACCUCCGGAAUGUGACGGGAGGUUCUGCAAAAUUUCACAAGCUCGGCCUUCGACACCGGGCGAAAUCACUCCAGGCUUUGAAUUCUGCCAUUCUCGAUCCCUGGGAUUCCAAGCUGUACACAGCAUACCUAACGGCAAUGCUCUCUUUGGUUACAAUUGAUACGAUUACAGGAGAAGACUCGGACUUUCCAAUUCACUUGAAUGGCUGUCGGCAAUUGACGAGUUCUGCUCAAAUGGACAUCGAUGAUCCAAGCAAUCAAGUGCGUAGCAUUUGCCAUGUUCUGACACUCCUUGCACGAACGACUUCAUCUAAGCUUCUCGUUCCGCCCCGAAAACCCGCAAAUCAAUUCGACGAAGCACCUUACUUCCACGUGGAAGACACGAGUAUCGAAUAUAUUUAUGGAAUAACCCCAACCCUUGGUAAUUUGCUACAAAGGACCUGCUAUUUGGCCGAAUGCAUCUCAACCUAUCGAGGAUGCGAUAUACCCAUCGAAUUCUUUGAAGCAUGCGAGACUUUGAAAGUCGAUAUACUUACCUGGGAGAUUUGUUCAGAGCAAUUUCAACUGAUGGGAUCUGGUAAUACAAUGAGCGAAAUAGCCCGUUGCCAAGCCCGCGCAUUUCACAGUGCUGUCUUGAUUUAUUUCUAUCGGACCGUUCUGAACGAAGAUCCCAAAAGUUUAGACGACGAGGUCCGCUUUAUCUUAAAUAACCUCACCGAUGCUGAAGAUCUCAAGGAUCGGUAUAUGGGAGGGGACAAGAGAACGGCACCCAUGUCUUGGCCCGCCUUCAUUGCAUCCUGUGAAGCACUUGAUCGACAACCAUGGGUAGAAUGGUGGACACGAAUACAAGAGUACAAAAUCGGCAACUUCAGGAGGCAGUGGAUGGUUGUUCAGGAGCUUUGGGAUAUCAUGGACAGGGACGAAAAUGUCAACACCUGGAAGGAUGCCCUUGAAAAGUCGGGGAUUCUAGUCCUACCAAUUUGA